UCCCGACUUGUUCCUUCCCCGGUUGUUUGUUUGUUUACUCGCAGCGGGCCCGGUUGCCAUCCCUCCCUGCCGGCCCCCUUUGCCCCCCCCCCUCUCCCACACGGAUGGCCCAGCAUCGGUCUGUGGCGCUCAGCACAGGCCGAGAGACUGCGCGCAGCUUGCGGACUCGGGCGCCGGGGCGAGCCGCCGCCGCGUCCUCGCCAGCGACCCGCUUUGACGACUUGACACGGUGAAAACAAAAGAAACGGGGGCGGAAAAAGCGGAGCAUCCAAGCCUCCGUUAUGGGGUGCGUGCACGUUCUCAUGUGCUUUUCACUCAGUCAACUUUUGCUGGAGCUUUCGCUUGCUGCAGGGAAAUUUGAUCCGGAGAAAGGUGCAAAUACACUGGAGCCGUCUUUUGCUGCUGGGGCGCAUGAAAAACUUUCCGUCAAGUUACGAGACUACGGCCUGGUGGUGCCGUUCAGCACAGACGCCCAUGGCCGCUUCAAGUCUCACGUGCUGUCCAUGGAUGAGGAAGGAAGGAGGAGGAGGUCGAAGACCCGCAGGGUGGCCCGCGCCGCCCCCCAGGCGUCCUCCCCGGGUCCUGAAUUCUUAUUCUUCAACGUCACCAUCUUCGGCAAAGAGCUGCACCUGAGGCUGAGGGCCAACCGGAGGCUGGUGGCCCCCGGGGCCUCGCUGGAGUGGCAGGAGGAUUUUGAGGCCAAGGCCGAGGAACAUCUGCAUGGCGACUGCGUGUUCACCGGCGACGUGAGUGACAUGCCGCACGCCACCGUGGCCCUCAGCAACUGCGACGGACUGGCGGGCCUGAUUCGCACCGAGAACGGCGAGUUCUUCAUUGAACCCCUCGAGAAGGGCCGACAGGACGUGGAGGUGAAGGGCCGCGUGCACGUGGUGUACCGCCACUCGGCCGUCAAGCGCGGCGACGAGCUCCACAAUGAAGUGUCCGACAACGACUCCGUCGGCGGCGGCGCCGACCUCCCGGCCGCCGUGGACCUGCUCCGGCGCCGAGUGUCCGAGCCGGAACGCAAGCGGCGGCACGCCAAGAAGGACGACUACAACAUGGAGGUGCUCCUGGCCGUGGACGACUCGGUGGUGCGAUUCCACGGCAAAGAGCACGUCCAGAACUACGUGUUGACCCUCAUGAACAUCGUUGAUGAAAUCUACCACGACGAGUCGUUGGGAGCCAACAUCAACAUCGUCCUGGUGCGCAUGAUCAUGGUCGGCUAUCGACAGUCCAUCAACCUGAUCGAGCGCGGCAACCCAUCGCGCAGCCUGGAGCAGGUGUGCCGCUGGGCCAACACGCAGCAGCGCGCCGACCCCGAUCACACCGAUUACCACGAUCACGCCAUCUUCCUCACCAGGCAAGAUUUUGGCCCCGCAGGUAUGCAAGGUUACGCUCCGGUGACCGGCAUGUGCCACCCGCUGAGGAGUUGCACCCUCAACCACGAGGACGGCUUCUCCUCCGCUUUCGUGGUCGCCCACGAGACGGGACAUGUGCUGGGUAUGGAACACGAUGGGCAGGGCAACCGAUGCGCCGACGAGACCAGCAUGGGCAGCAUCAUGGCUCCGCUGGUCCAGGCCGCCUUCCACCGCUACCACUGGUCGCGCUGCAGCAAGCAGGAGCUCAGUCGCUACAUCCACUCGUACGACUGCUUGCUGGACGAUCCCUUUGAGCACAAGUGGCCCAAACUUCCCGAGCUGCCCGGGAUCAAUUAUUCCAUGGACGAGCAGUGCCGCUUUGACUUUGGCGUGGGUUACAAGAUGUGCACAGCUUUUCGCACGUACGACCCCUGCAAGCAGCUGUGGUGCAGCCACCCCGACAACCAGUACUUCUGCAAAACCAAAAAAGGCCCACCGGUGGAUGGAACGGAAUGCGGGCCGGGAAAGUGGUGCUUCAAAGGCCACUGCAUUUGGAGAUCCAGCCAGGAGGAGCCUGAAGGCCACGACGGCAGCUGGAGCUCAUGGUCCAAGUUCGGCUCGUGCUCGCGGACGUGCGGCGGCGGCGUUCGUUCCCGCACCAGGCAGUGCAACGACCCCCCGCCGGCCUACGGCGGUCGCGAAUGUCCCGGCUCCGACUUGGACUACCAGAUGUGCAACACGGAGGAGUGCGCCGGCCCCUACGAGGACUUCCGGGCUCAGCAGUGCCUCCAGAGAAGCAACAAGUAUCACAACAACAUGAAGCACACGUGGCUGCCUCACGAGCACGCGGACGAGAGUCGCAAGUGUGAGCUGAGCUGCAGGUCCAAGGAAACGGGCGAGGUGGUCUUCAUGAACCAGGUGAUGCACGACGGAACCCGCUGCAGCUACGCGGACCACUUCAGCGUGUGCGCGCGCGGCGAAUGUCUGCACGUGGGCUGCGACAAGGAGGUGGGCUCUUACAAGGAGGAAGACAAAUGCGGCGUGUGCGAGGGCGACAACUCGCACUGUCGCACCGUCAAGCAGUCGCUCACCAAGACGCCCAAAAAGAACGGAAUGCUGAAAAUGUUCGACAUCCCAGUGGGCGCCCGGCACAUCGUCAUUGAGAAGAACGACACCUCGCCUCAUGUCAUGGCGGUGAAGAAUCAAGUGUCCGGCAACUUCAUCCUCAACGCAAAAAGUGAAGACGCCGAGUCCAAAACCUUCAUUGAGAACGGUUUGCGCUGGGAGUACACCCUGGAGGACGGCAAAGAGGCCCUGCGGACAUCCGGUCCGCUAUACGAAGGCAUCUUAGUGCUUGCGAUUCCGCGGGAAGAGGAAGCCAAGAUAAGCUUGACGUACAAGUACAUCAUCCACGAGGACCUUCUGCCUCUCAUCACUAACAACAACGUUCUUCUGGCCGAGUUGGAUUCGUACGAGUGGGCGCUGAAGAGCUGGUCGCAGUGCUCCAAACCUUGCGGCGGAGGCAUCCAGUACACCAAAUAUGGUUGCAGGAGGAAGAGCGACAGCCGUUUGGUGCAUCGCAACUUCUGCGAUGGCAACAAGAAGCCCAAACCCAUCCGCAAACGCUGCAACGUCCAAGAGUGUAGCCAGCCCAUGUGGGUGGUGGAUGAGUGGAGCGCCUGCAGCAAGACGUGCGGGAAGCAAAGCUAUCAGAGCAGGGCGGUGCAGUGCAUGCAGGCGCUGCACAAUGGCACCAACCGCUCCGUCCACAGCAAACACUGCACCCAGGAACGGCCCGUGCCCAAGCGAGCCUGCAACCACACGGCAUGCCCCGCCCAGUGGAGAACAGGGGCCUGGUCGCAGUGCUCAGUGACCUGCGGCGAAGGCAUCCAGCAAAGGCAAGUGGUGUGCAAGGCCAGCGACAACACCGCGGGACAAUGCCAGGGCAACAAACCCGAGAUGGUGCUCCUCUGCAAGCCCGCGGAUCCUUGUCCAGGACAACCGGUGCCCCCUUUUGGCUCGGAGAAUGGGACCAUCAAAGACGAAGCCUUGUCUGGCCACCCGGUGCUUCAAGUCACGUCAAAUGAGGCAUGCCAGGGGGAUAAAUCCAUCUUCUGUCAAAUGGAGGUUCUCGCCCGCUACUGCUCCAUCCCUGGAUACAACAAGCUUUGUUGCGAGUCGUGCAACAAGAACAUGGCCACGCCCCCUCCCAACCUCUCCAACGCCACCAAGACCUCGACUGAAGCCGGGUCCUCCAGUGAUUCCCUCGUGGCCUCCCCCAAGCCUCUGAGACCCACUUCUGCUCAGAAUCGGGCGCAAACCACUAAAGGGAUCAACAGGCGGACGCAGUCCACCGGCCAGACUCCCACCGCUCGAGCGCCCACCGCCCCGACGGCCACAGGCAGCACCGCCCACUCAGGGUCUCUUCUACCUCCUGGCAAAGCAUCACAUGAGGAGCACAGCCCCAACAGCACUUUACACCCACUCGCCGCAAAGUCAAGAAGGGCCCGUUAAGGAUCCGAGUGGGACUCCAUCCACAGAUGAAGAGCUGAGCGGUGACCUCGCGGUGGUGCGACAUCAUCUCCGACAAUGCGGCAUUUGAAAGACAGUGUUUUUCUUUUGUUUUUAACAAGGAUUUUUCCCUGGACCUGUGAUGGUUACCUCAUCCAACCUCCAAAGAGUGACUGACGUACGGGCACUCUGUCCUCGGUGCUGUCCAAGCGAGGUGCGUUGAAAAUGUGACGACUGCGUUGUUUCCUUCGUGUUUGCAAACGUGUACAUUGUUUGAACCCCACAUGUAGAAGGACUACUAGUGAACUCGUCUUGUGAACACAUGGAGUCUCACGUCCGGAAUGACGGGGCAAGCAAAAACAGGAUUUUUGCUCCUUCAAACCGAUCAAAGUCCCACAUGACACUGCUAGAGUGCCCUCUUUGACCUUCUGCACUGGACCGCUAGCAUGCUGACAAGACCUCAUCCUUUGACGCCACACUGCAGGAAAGCUGACUAGACUGCUGAAGGAGACCCAAUAAUUUAACAGACUAGUCUGCAAGACUGUCAACCUGACUUGGAAUUUAAACACCGGACUGCUAGAGUGCCGACUAGACCUAAACCUUCCACUUCAAUUUGUCCACACAAGACAUUAACAACGAUAACUCUCUUGACCAGACUGCCAAGAGUGCUCAUUAGACCUUCCACGUUAAGAGUUCUGAAUGACUAGACCGACUGCUAGAGUAACAACCAGGCCUCUAAACUCGACACAAGACUGCCUAAGUGGUGACUAGACCUCUAACCUCUCCACCAGAUGCCCUCAGUGCUGCCAAGACGGAGACCUUCCGCAUUUAGACUGCUAGAGUGGUGACUACAGGGUGUCCACAAAGUCUGGCUACAGAGGAGAUUGGAGUGGCCCCCUUGGUUCAAGCAGAUUUUUCCUACUCCUUUUUGUGGGGUAUGCGCAAGGAGAAGGUAUACUUGGUGACAGAUUCGAACCCUUUCAAGGACAGCGGUUACUACAGUGGACAGUUGAUGUAAUUGGGAUUACAGGGUGCAUCAAAAGGGUUAAUCUUACGAGAGAAGACGUGAGCAGACGAGUCUGAGGUAACGUUUUGUGCGAAUGUAAAUAGUCGAAAUGAGCCCGCCGGGGUAACAAAACAGUAAUGAUGCAAAAGGCGUAUGUCGCAUUCUCACGUGUGUACGUGUGUCGCCUUUUUGUUUAGUACAUGCAAAGAGCUUGACAGGUGAAUAUUUAUUGAUGAGAUUUUACAUGCCACCCACAACAGUAAAAAGCUGCGGGGAAAACAAAAA